ACUUUCACGCCAACAACAAUCCGACCACGAAAUAUUGAGAAAUGAAUGUUUGCAUGUGCAGCUUUUUGGUACAUGAUCGAAUAACAGAUAAUCAAUCUGUGCCCUAAUUAUGAAUCUUAAACAGUUUACCAUCAUCGUACUGGCAGUAUCCGCUGUGUCGUGUGGAAGAAAUACUCAACAGGCUAAUUCAUUGACUGCCCCGGAUUCUGUGUUAUUUGUGUCCACCUUGAUAGGAAACUUCCAUGCUGUUAGUAAAGUCACUGGCAAAGUGCUGUGGACUUUACGUGAAGAUCCUGUCAUUAAGGUUCCAACUGGAGUGGCAGCUGGAAAGUUGACUUUUCUUCCUGACCCAAAGGAUGGAAGUCUGUAUGCAUUAAGUGAUGGUAUGGAAAGGAUCAAGAAGUUGCCCUUCACCAUUCCUCAGCUUGUGACAGCCUCCCCAUGUAAAAGUAAUGAAGGAAUAUUAUAUACAGGACACAAAAAAGACACUUGGAUUGCAGUUGAUGCAGUAACAGGACAAAAGAUACAGACCUUGUCAAUGGAUGGAACUCGGAAAGUCUGCCCAUCAAAAGCAGAAAAUGUCAUCUACAUUGGUAGAACUGAGUAUACCAUUACAAUGUUUGAUGCAAAGACGGGAACAAAAAGAUGGAAUGCCACAUUCAUGGACUAUUCAUCACAUGUUGCCAAAGAUUCAAUAGACUAUGAAUUAAAGCAUUUCACAGCUAGUUCUGAUGGCAUGACUGUCACACUAGACAGCAAAUCAGGUGAGGUUCAGUGGUACAUGGAUUAUGAUUCACCUGUGGUUGCCAUGUACACUAUGAACCAAGAUGGCGGUCUGCAGAAGGUUCCCUUCAUGAGCUUUGCUCCAGAAACACUCGAACAUCUAACCGGACAACUUUCAUCCAAUCACUGGAGACACAAGUUCCUGGAGCACGGACAAAAGAAAAUCUUCUACCCCACUCUGUAUGUUGGAGAAUAUGAACAUGGCUACUUCGCUCUAACAUCACUUGUGGAUGAAAAGACUGUCACAAUUGCACCAAAGGAGAAGGGACUGCUUUUGCUUGAAGGACCUACUAUAGAUAGCAAUAUGCAUGAGCAGAGGAUAAAGGCUUCAACUAUUCGUCGAGGAGGACCUAUUCUUAUGAUAGGUUAUCAUGAAGUCCCGGACAAAUCCAAUUCUAGAAUCUCACCAGCAUUUCAGAUCACAGAUGACAGAGAUGAGGGAGAAGAGGAAGGGUACAUCAAAGUGAUCCCCGCCCCACCAGUAGUGGACAGUGUUACAGCCAACAACAGUACAGACCUGGACAGCAGUCUGCUGGCCAAGUAUCUCGGCUCAGAUAUCAAGUUCUUAAUUACUGUCGGCCUAAUGGUUAUCACCAUUCUCACCAUUGUCUACUAUUUUCCUAAGCAACAAGAGCUAUCUAUCAAGAGAAUGUUGAGGGAACACCAGCUGAUAGGCCAGAACCAAAAGUCGGCCCAAACCUCAUUUACUGGAAGUGAAAACUCAAAACCUAGUGAAAAAUAUGACAGUUUACCCAAUGGCCAUAUCAAGGUUGGAAAGAUAGCUUUUAACCCUAAUGAUGUGCUGGGCCAUGGUUGCGAGGGAACAUUUGUGUACAGGGGCCGGUUUGACAAUCGAGAUGUGGCCAUCAAACGACUACUUCCUGAAUGUUUUACAUUCGCUGACCGCGAAGUGGAGCUUUUGAGGGAAUCAGAUCAGCACCCCAAUGUCAUCAGAUACUUUUCCAUGGAGGCCGAUAGCCAGUUCCGAUACAUAGCCCUGGAGUUGUGUGUGGCUACUGUACAAGACUUUGUGGAGGACAGAUCUGCUUAUUCUCAGAUGCUAGAUCCUCUGACCUUGCUAUUCCAGGCCAUGUCAGGCAUAGCACAUCUGCAUUCCCUUGACAUUGUGCACAGAGACAUCAAGCCCCACAAUGUGCUGUUGUCCCAGCCCAAUGCUAAAGGUGAGGUGAGGGCUAUGAUCUCAGACUUUGGCUUGUGUAAGAAGUUGGCAGCAGGUCGAAUUUCAUUUUCCCGUAGAUCUGGAGCAGCUGGAACAGAUGGAUGGAUCGCCCCAGAAAUGUUGGAGGAGAAUAAAAGAGUGACAUGCAGUGUUGACAUAUUUUCUGCUGGAUGUGUCUUUUUUUAUGUACUCACUAAAGGAAAACAUCCAUUUGGAGACUCGUUACGACGACAGGCCAACAUAAUGGCAGGAGACCACUAUCUAGACAGCUUACCUGUGUCAGAUUAUUACACAAGACGAGAUUUAAUAGAAUUAGCCUUGAGUUUUGAACCAUCUAGAAGACCAACAGCAAAGAUGAUGUUAAAACAUCCAUUUUUUUGGAGCAGGGAAAAGCAAAUGAUGUUCUUCCAGGAUGUGAGUGACAGGAUUGAAAAGGAAACUGAACAGUGUGAGGUGGUACAGAAGUUAGAGGCUGGAGGGUCAGAAGUCGUCAAGAAGGACUGGCGAAAAAACAUUACAGUAGAGUUACAAAAUGAUCUCAGAAAAUUUAGAACUUACAAAGGAGAGAAUGUGAGAGAUUUACUGCGAGCUAUGAGAAACAAGAAGCACCAUUAUCGUGAGCUUCCUGACAAUGUGAAGAACUCACUUGGAGCUGUACCUGACCAAUUUGUGUUAUAUUUUACCUCACGUUUUCCAAGACUUUUAAUUCACACUUACCAUGCCAUGAAGUGUUGUAAGGAUGAACGUUCAUUCCGUCAAUAUUACGACACAGACUUUACAGAAGCACAGAAGUUGUUGUAACAGUGUGUUUAUCAAAAUGUGUGGUGCUAUCAGUGCAAUAUGUUUUUAUUUUCUACAAUUUUAAUGAGACAUUUAGUCGGGACUACAUCUUAAUGAUACUUUUGUGCAGUGAAUGUGUUAAAUCAAAGAAACAUACUGUUGACAUCUAUUACUUAUAUAUGCCAUUUUACUCUCUGUUUUGCUUUAUUGUAAGAUUUUUAUUUUUUGAUGAGUAAUACUAGUGAAGUAAACAUUUUCCUUCAGUACAAGACAAAUCAGACACUUUGACUCGGAUAACUUGAAUACAAGACAUUUUUUUUACUUUCAAUUUUUGGCAAGAAUAAUCUUGUACAUUCACACUAUAGAUAUUUCUAAAUACACUUAGUGUAAAUAGAAUAUUUUCUAAUAGAACCGCAAAAUGUUGCUAUCUCUCAGACAUGUACAGAUUCCAUUACUUUAUUGACAUCUCCCAAAGACACAGCUCCCACAUACAGAAUUCAUUACUGAUGUCUCACAAAGAUGUAGAUUCCAUUGUUUCAUUGACAUCCGUUAGAGACUCUGUUUCAUUUACUGACAUUUGUUUGAUUCAUCCAGAAAUAUUCUAAUUUCUGAAAUGACAGAAUUUUAAGCCAAAAACAUUGUUCUACUGCACAUGCCACCUAUUAUUAAUAUGUGGUAUGAAUUCUCUGUCUCACUUGUCAUAAUGCUGUGCUGUUUUUUAUUUUGUUACUUUUUAAUUAUCAUCCAAUCAUUUUAUUAUAAUUAGAAGUAUUAUAGAAAUAAGGAGAAUGUGUGUGAGAGAACUAUUUAUGUUAGUUGUUUUUGAUGGAUAUGUGGAUAAUGGAUACUUCUCUUGUGAUUCAGUUGUUUUAUGUUAAGUAGGUCAAGUAAUAUACAGUUGGUUUUACUGAAGCUUCAAAAGUUUCAUAUCUUAAACCUUUGCUGAUCCCUAACUGAUAUAAGGGGGAAAAAAUGCUUAGUUAUUAAGUUAUAAGUACAUGGCUUUGUACACUACUAGUGAGGUAAUUUUUUAUUAGCCCACCAUCAUCUGAUGGUGGGCUAUUCAAAUCGGCUUGCGUCUGUGGUCCGUCCGUCCGUCCGUAAACAAUUUUUGUUAUCGCUAUUUCUGAGAAAGUACUGAAGGGAUCUUUCACAAAUUUCAUUUGCCGGUUUCCCUUGCUCUGUAGUUAUGCAUAUUGCAUUUUGGGACCGAUCGGAAAACAACAUGGCCGACAGGCAGCCAUCUUGGAUUUUGACAGUUGAAUUUUCUUAGC